GAUUUUUAAAAAUCAGAACUAUUGACAUUUCUGGUCUCCUCGUCGCUUCGGACUGAAGCGCGGAGGGGGAUCCGCGGGCCGAGGGUCCCCCCUCCCUGCUUGCACCAGGGCCGCUGGGUGACACCAAAAUCCAGAGGCUCCCGCCCCUCGGGGGUUCCUCCUCCCGCUUCCCGAGGUGACUGGUUGGCGCGAAGGGAUUGGCGAUCCCAGGCGCGAUCCCGGCCGCGGCUCCCAGCGCCGCGCCGGGUGAAUGGCCGCGGGCGGAGGAUCUGGAGGCGCCGGGCGCAGACCAAUCGCGACCGCCGUUGGGAGUAUUUGUUAUUCACAUGGAAGAGACUUGGCGCCGGCUUGGCCAGCUCAGCCCCCUCAUCCCCGAGACCAGCCACAAGUGCUGCCACGGUGCUCGCCUCGCGCGGCGACGGCGGCGGCGGCGGAGGCGCUGACAUGGAGCUGCGGGCCGCCGGCGGGCUUCCUCACCGCGCCCUCUGCGGGGAGCAGGGAAUAAUUUUGCUACAAGGCUGAUUUCAAGGACAUGAAUUGUUGACCUCAUCCCAACAUCAGAACCUCAGACGUUCUAAUUUUUGCACCAUUCCAGGCAAGUUGAUCUUAUAAGGAAAUAAAAUUGAACCUUAGGGGUCUGAUGGGAAUUCACUGUGACGUUCAAAUCAAGAAAACUUGCUGAUGCCCACAGAGCCUUUUCCCCAUGGGCCCUGAUGGUAGCCUUCAGAAGGCGCAGCCUCAGGUGGUCCCCCUUCUUCUGUGGCAAGAAUAAACUUUGGGUCUUGGAUUGCAAUAUCACCUGUGGAGAAAAUGGUAUGCGAGGGAAAGCGAUCUGCCUCUUGCCCUUGUUUCUUCCUCUUGACCGCCAAGUUCUACUGGAUCCUCACAAUGAUGCAAAGAACUCACAGCCAAGAGUAUGCCCAUUCCAUACGGGUGGAUGGGGACAUUAUUUUGGGGGGUCUCUUCCCUGUCCAUGCAAAGGGAGAGAGAGGGGUGCCUUGUGGGGAGCUGAAGAAGGAAAAGGGGAUUCACAGACUGGAGGCCAUGCUUUAUGCAAUUGACCAGAUUAACAAGGACCCUGAUCUCCUUUCCAACAUCACUCUGGGUGUCCGCAUCCUCGACACCUGCUCCAGGGACACCUAUGCUUUGGAGCAGUCUCUAACUUUCGUGCAGGCAUUAAUAGAGAAAGAUGCUUCGGAUGUGAAGUGUGCUAAUGGAGAUCCACCCAUUUUCACCAAGCCCGACAAGAUUUCUGGUGUCAUAGGUGCUGCAGCAAGUUCCGUGUCCAUCAUGGUUGCUAACAUUUUACGACUUUUUAAGAUACCUCAAAUCAGCUAUGCAUCCACAGCCCCAGAGCUAAGUGAUAACACCAGGUAUGACUUUUUCUCUCGAGUGGUCCCACCUGACUCCUACCAAGCGCAAGCCAUGGUGGACAUCGUGACAGCACUGGGAUGGAAUUAUGUGUCAACACUGGCUUCUGAGGGGAACUAUGGCGAGAGCGGUGUGGAGGCCUUCACUCAGAUCUCGAGGGAGAUUGGUGGUGUCUGCAUUGCUCAGUCACAGAAAAUCCCACGUGAACCGAGACCUGGAGAAUUUGAAAAAAUUAUCAAACGCCUGCUAGAAACACCUAAUGCUCGAGCAGUGAUUAUGUUUGCCAAUGAGGAUGACAUCAGGAGGAUAUUGGAAGCAGCAAAAAAACUAAACCAAAGUGGACAUUUUCUAUGGAUUGGCUCAGAUAGUUGGGGAUCCAAAAUUGCACCUGUCUAUCAGCAAGAGGAGAUUGCAGAAGGGGCUGUGACAAUUUUGCCCAAACGAGCAUCAAUUGAUGGAUUUGAUCGAUACUUUAGAAGCCGAACUCUUGCCAAUAAUCGAAGAAAUGUGUGGUUUGCAGAAUUUUGGGAGGAGAAUUUUGGCUGCAAGUUAGGAUCACAUGGGAAAAGGAACAGUCAUAUAAAGAAGUGCACAGGGCUGGAGCGAAUUGCUCGGGAUUCAUCUUAUGAACAGGAAGGAAAGGUCCAAUUUGUAAUUGAUGCAGUAUAUUCCAUGGCUUAUGCCCUGCACAAUAUGCACAAAGAUCUCUGCCCUGGAUACAUUGGCCUUUGUCCACGAAUGAGUACCAUUGAUGGGAAAGAGCUACUUGGUUAUAUUCGGGCUGUAAAUUUUAAUGGCAGUGCUGGCACACCCGUCACUUUUAAUGAAAAUGGAGAUGCUCCUGGACGUUAUGAUAUCUUCCAGUAUCAAAUAACCAACAAAAGCACAGAGUACAAAGUCAUCGGCCACUGGACCAAUCAGCUUCAUCUAAAAGUGGAAGACAUGCAGUGGGCUAACAGAGAACACACUCACCCAGCGUCUGUCUGCAGCCUGCCAUGUAAGCCGGGGGAGAGGAAGAAAACGGUGAAAGGGGUCCCUUGCUGCUGGCACUGUGAACGCUGCGAAGGUUACAACUACCAGGUGGAUGAGCUCUCCUGUGAACUUUGCCCUCUGGAUCAGAGACCAAACAUCAACCGCACAGGCUGCCAGCUUAUCCCCAUCAUCAAAUUGGAGUGGCAUUCUCCCUGGGCUGUGGUGCCUGUGUUCGUUGCAAUAUUGGGAAUCAUCGCCACCACCUUUGUGAUUGUGACCUUUGUCCGCUAUAAUGACACACCUAUUGUGAGGGCUUCAGGACGUGAACUCAGUUACGUGCUCCUGACAGGGAUUUUUCUCUGUUAUUCAAUCACCUUUUUAAUGAUUGCAGCACCAGAUACAAUUAUCUGCUCCUUCCGACGGAUCUUCCUAGGACUUGGCAUGUGUUUCAGCUAUGCAGCCCUUCUGACCAAAACAAACCGUAUCCACCGAAUAUUUGAGCAGGGGAAGAAAUCUGUCACAGCGCCCAAGUUUAUUAGUCCUGCAUCCCAGCUGGUGAUCACCUUCAGCCUCAUCUCUGUCCAGCUUCUUGGAGUGUUUGUCUGGUUUGUUGUGGAUCCCCCCCACAUCAUAAUUGACUAUGGAGAGCAACGGACACUAGAUCCAGAGAAGGCCAGGGGAGUGCUCAAGUGUGACAUUUCUGAUCUCUCACUCAUUUGUUCACUUGGAUACAGUAUCCUCUUGAUGGUCACUUGUACUGUUUAUGCCAUUAAAACCAGAGGUGUCCCAGAGACUUUCAAUGAAGCCAAACCUAUUGGAUUUACCAUGUAUACCACCUGCAUCAUUUGGUUAGCUUUCAUUCCCAUCUUUUUUGGUACAGCCCAGUCAGCAGAAAAGAUGUACAUCCAGACAACAACACUUACUGUCUCCAUGAGUUUAAGUGCUUCAGUGUCUCUGGGCAUGCUCUAUAUGCCCAAGGUUUAUAUUAUAAUUUUUCAUCCAGAACAGAAUGUUCAAAAACGCAAGAGGAGCUUCAAGGCUGUGGUGACAGCUGCCACCAUGCAAAGCAAACUCAUCCAAAAAGGAAAUGACAGACCAAAUGGGGAGGUGAAAAGUGAACUCUGUGAGAGCCUUGAAACCAACAGUAAGUCAUCUGUAGACUUUCCGAUGGUCAAGAGCGGGAGCGCUUCCUAAUAGAUCUUCCUCUACCAAGACAACAUAUAUCAGCUACAGCAAUCAUUCAAUCUGAAACAGGGAAAUGAUACAAUCUGAAGAAAUGUGGUAUAUGAUGUUAAACAAUGAACAUGAGACUACAAAAAUUCACUCCUGGAGAUCUCCAUAGACUACAAUCAAUCAAAUCAAUAGUCAGUCUUGUAAGGAACAAAAAUUAGCCAUGAGCCAAAAGUAUCAAUAAACGGGAAGUGAAGAAACCCGUUUUAUACAAUAAAACCAAUAAGUGUCAAGCUAAAGUAUUGCUUACUCAUGAGCAGUUAAAAAAAAUCACAAAAGGAAAACUAAUGUUAGCUUGUGAAAAACAAUGCUGUUGAAAUAAAUCAUGUCCGAUGUUAUUCUUGUAAGUAUUUUUCUGUGAUUGUGAGAACUCCCAUUCCUGUCCCACAUUGUUCAACUUGUAUAAGACAAUGAGUCUGUUUCUUGUAAUGGCUGACCGGAUUGAAGCCCUGGGUUGUGCUAAAAAUAAAUGCAAUGAUUGAUGCAUGCAA